AUGCCUCAAAAUCCUAUCCUAGAAAUUGAGGUCUUUGAUGUGUGGGGUAUUGACUUCAUGGGACCAUUUCCUUCAUCAUAUGGGAUCAAGUACAUUCUUGUGGCUGUUGACUAUGUCUCAAAAUGGGUGGAAGCUAUUGCUAGUCCCACCAAUGAUGCUAGAGUGGUGACCAACAUGUUCAAGAGUAUUAUCUUUCCAAGGUUUGGAGUUCCAAGAGUUGUGAUCAGUGAUGGGGGUUCUCACUUCAUUAACAAGCUGCUCGAAGGACUUCUAAGGAAGAAUGGUGUGAAGCAUAAGGUAGCAACCCCUUACCAUCCUCAGACAAGUGGUCAAGUUGAGGUCUCAAACAGAGAGAUCAAAUCCAUUCUGGAGAAGAUUGUGGGGAUCACGAGGAAAGAUUGGUCUAAUAAGCUUGAUGAUGCACUUUGGGCCUAUAGGACAGCUUACAAGACACCUUUAGGUACCACACCUUUCAACCUUGUCUAUGGGAAAGCCUGUCAUCUACCUGUGGAGCUUGAGUACAAGGCAUUAUGGGCAGUGAAGUUGCUGAACUUCGACAUCAAAAGUGCUAAGGAGAAAAGACUUUUCCAGCUACAUGAGCUCGAUGAGAUAAGGAUGGAUGCUUUUGAGAAUUCAAGGAUCUACAAAGAAAAGACCAAAGCUUUCCAUGACAAGAACAUUCUGAAAAGAGAGUUCCGAGAGGGAGACCAUGUCCUUCUCUUCAACUCUAGGCUGAAGUUGUUUCCAGGAAAGCUCAAGUCAAGGUGGUCCGGUCCAUUCAAAGUCAAAGAAAUCAGACCUUAUGGAGCAAUAGUUCUAUGGAGCGCUGAUGGAAGUUACUUCACAGUGACUGGGCAGAGGGUUAAGCUCUACAAGGCGGAUGCACCAGAGGAAGAUGGAGUUUCAACUCCACUUUCUGAUCCUACCCCAGCCUAA